UCCGGCAUGAGCGACGUGGUGGAGCGGACGCUGAGCGCCCUGCCCGGGCUGCUGGGGCAGCACGAUCCGGGUGCCGGCCCGGGCGGUGCUGGCGGCCCCGGCAGGGUAUCGGCCUCCUCCCGGCUCGGCAGCCUCAUCCGGAGCAUCACGGCGCUCACCUCCAAGCACGAAGAAGAAAAAUUAAUCCAGCAGGAGCUAACCAGUUUGAAAGCAACAGUUUCAGCCCCCAGCACAACACUUAGACUGAUGAAAGAAUGCAUGGUGAGACUCAUCUAUUGUGAAAUGCUGGGCUACGAGUCUUCCUUUGGAUACAUCCAUGCAAUCAAACUUGCCCAGCAAGGGAACCUUCUGGAGAAGAGAGUUGGUUACUUGGCAGUUUCUCUAUUUCUACAUGAAAAUCAUGAACUGCUGCUUCUACUUGUGAACACAGUUGUGAAGGACUUGCAGAGCACUAACCUGGUGGAGGUGUGCAUGGCAUUAACUGUUGUCAGCCAGAUCUUUCCACGGGAGAUGAUUCCAGCUGUUCUGCCCCUAAUAGAAGACAAGCUUCAGCAUUCUAAGGAAAUUAUCCGAAGAAAAGCUGUUCAAGCUUUAUACAAAUUCUAUCUCAUUGCUCCUAAUCAAGUUCAGCACAUCCACGAUAAGUUCAGGAAGGCUUUGUGUGACAGGGAUGCUGGAGUCAUGGCUGCUUCUUUGCAUAUUUAUCUGCAAAUGAUUAAGGAAAACUCAUCUGGAUACAAGGACUUGACUGGGAGUUUUGUGACCAUCCUGAAGCAGGUGGUGGGAGGAAAGCUCUCUGCUGACUUCAACUAUCACAGUGUGCCAGCACCAUGGUUACAAAUUCAGCUUUUAAGAAUUUUGGGGCUGUUGGGAAAAGAUGAUCCAAGGACAAGUGAAUUGAUGUAUGAUGUUCUAGAUGAAUCUUUAAGAAGAGCAGAGAUUAAUCAUAAUAUUACAUAUGCCAUCUUGUUUGAAUGUGUCCAAACAAUUUACACCAUUCAUCCCAAAUCGGAAUUACUUGAAAAGGCUGCCAAGUGCAUUGGAAAAUUUGUUUUGUCACCCAAAAUUAAUUUGAAAUACUUAGGGUUAAAGGCUCUGACCUAUGUUAUCCAGCAGGAUCCAAACCUGGCGCUUCAGCACCAGAUGACAAUAAUUGAAUGUCUGGAUCAUCCAGAUCCCAUUAUUAAAAGGGAGACUUUAGAGCUUCUCUACAGGAUUACAAAUGGGCAGAAUGUAAUUGUCAUAGUCCAGAAGAUGCUUGAUUACUUAAAAGAAAGCCAAGAAGAAUAUGCCAUCAUCAGCUUAGUUGGCAAAAUAGCAGAACUAGCUGAGAAAUAUGCCCCUAACAAUGAGUGGUUCAUCCAGACAAUGAAUGCUGUGUUCUCAGUUGGAGGUGAUGUUGUGCAUUCUGAUAUCCCAAACAACUUCCUGAGGCUGCUGGCUGAAGGAUUUGAUGAUGAAAAAGAAGAUCAUCAGCUCCGGGUGUAUGCAGUACAGUCUUACUUGGCAUUACUUGAGGAGGAAGAUAAAUUGUAUCCACAGAAAUUCCUACAAGUUAUGAGCUGGGUGUUGGGAGAAUAUUUCAGUCUUGUUACAGAUGUUGAUCCAGAAGUUAUUUUGACAAAGCUGCACAGCCUGCUGAAGAAGACUUUUGUUACUUCUGAAACUAAAGCGUGGAUAAUGGCUGCAGUCACCAAGAUAGCAUCACACACUUCCUGCUCAAAAACAGUGGAUGAAAUAAUCCAAGAGCUCAGCAGCUCUCUGGAUACAUGCCUGAGGCAAUAUGCCUUUGAACUGAAGCAUCUGUGUGAAGACAAAGCACUGAUGAAAAGCUUGCUUCCAUUUGAUGCUAGUUGCAGUGACCUGGUGGUAGAUGCUUCCUUAUCUUUUCUGGAUGGGUUUGUGGCUGAGGGACUUGCUCAUGGUGCAGCACCAUAUAAACCUCAUCACCAGAGACAAGAGGAGAAACUUUCUCAGGAAAAAGCUCUGAAUUUUGAACCUUAUGGAUUGUCCUUUGCUUCAAGUGUGUCCUCAUCUGGUGUCACUGGCAGACAGUCCCCCACUGGUUUAUCUUUUGGCUCUGAUAUAUCUGGGAAUAGUGCUGAGACGGGGCACAAAGAGACAAAUACUCUGAAACUUGAGGGAGUACGCAAGCUGUGGGGGAAAGAAGGUUACCUUCCAAAGAAAGAAAACAAAACAGGGAAAGAAAAUGAGCCACAACCAGUGCCUUGUGGCAGCUUAUUAGCAGGGCAGGUGGGGGAAGCUCCUGCACUGCAGCCUGAGCAAGGUGCCAGCCUGUCUGAGGAGGACAAAGAGAAGCAGCAGUUGGCAUCAACUUUGUUCAUUGGGCUGGGAUCAAGUGCUGGUGUCAGCCUGAUGGGCAAAGCAGACACAGCUACUCAGAAGUUCAAAAGGAAAUCAAAGAUAACUGAAACUCAGCAGUUGAGUGAGGAGGCAUCAGACUUCCAAAACAGUGCUGCUUCUGAUUUUGGUCCCUUGCUUGAUGCAGUACCUAUUAAUGUGGAAGACUCUGAGGGAAGUCUGCACACAAGGUUAAGAAAAGCCUCCCCUUCUUCAGAUACUGUAGAAGACAAUUUAGCAUUUGAAACACCUCAGUCCCUCAGAAAAUCUGUGCUGGAUGACAGAAUUUCAGCUAACAGGCUGUCACAGUCAUCUUUGUUUGCUGAUAGCAAUAUUGAAAUUUUUCAGCCUUCUUCAAGUGCUCAGUGUGAAAGUGCCAGUGAAACACCAUUGGUCCCUUCCUUACCAGAAGAACUUGAAGAGCUUCCUCACUCUGAAGUGGUGGGACUUUGUCAGAGUGAUGCCUUAGCUCUGCAUUUAUGUAAGGUGUGGACAGAUGACUCUCUGUUGCUCAUUGUUUUUGUUUCAAAUAAAACCCCUUCUGCACUUCAUGCUGUGAACUUAGUGUUUGAAGAAACAGAACACUUCCAGAUUUUGGAGAGUGCCACGUCCCAGUUUCCUGUAAUUGAAGCUCAAAGUGUGGAACAUUGCCAGAAAUGUGUGAGGAUGAACAAAGUCUGUACACAGGCAAUUCUUCCUGCCUCUGUUAGCUACCAGUCAGAGAUGGAAACUUGCCUUGAAUUUUCAGUAACUUUAUCAUUGAUGGACUUCAUCAGGCCAAUGGAAAUGACUACAGAAGACUUUGGGAAGCUGUGGUUAUCCCUUUCUAAUGAUGUGAAACAGAACAUAAAAAUGUCACCUUGCCAAGAUUCCCUUUCAGCAGCCCUGGACACACUGCAACAGAAGGUGAAACUCCACAGAGUUGAUGUUAUAGGCAAUGAGGGAAUCCUGGCCUGCCAGCUCCUCCCAUCUGUGCCCUGCCUGCUGCACUGCCGUACCCACUCAGGGAUGCUUGCCCUGUGGUUCAGGUCCCCUUGUGCUGCUCUUCCUGAUGGAUUGCUCUAUCAGUGUCAGAAGGUGAUGGAGGAAUCCUGAGAACAAUAGUGCCUGCCUUAAUCUAUUUGGUGUGUGAAAGCAAGUCAAAGAUUUAUACAGUUGCACAGAUAAUUACCAAAGCUAAACUAAGAUACUGCUUCUUCAAGUAUUAAAAGUUUUCUUCCAGCUGGCAAUGUCCAAGUGGACUUGUGGGGGAAAAAUGGUGACCUAAAUUACCCCUGCAAAAUCAUGCUCAGGACUGUACAGUACAUUAAAGUAUUGUUACCUGUGUAAGUGAAAUGUAUAUUAAUUUUGUUGUAAAUGACUGAAAGUAUUUAUUUUUAUUACACAGCUUUUAUAGAUGCCAACACUUAUUCUUCAUGGCAACUACUUAAAUAUGAUUUUGAAGAAAACAUAUUUCCAUUAUGAGGUCAGACUUGAUCAGUUAUUUAAUUUUAUUUUGAUAAUUUUUCUAAAGCUAUUUUUAAGCACUGCUGGCAACAAGACCCAUAUUGGUGGUUAUAUAAAAUAACUUAUGUAGCAGCAAAUGCAUGGUUUUAAAACAGUUAAAGGAUUCUAGGGAGGAAAACACUUCCCAUGAUCUUUGAUGUUUACCAUGGAAGGGAUAACAUCUAAAUAGGUUUUUGAUAGGAGUCAGGCAUGUGAAAUUGUUUGGAAGCACCUCCUGGGGGAUUAGCUAAAGCCCUUCAGGUUAGUUCCUGUCUGCAGUUCUUCCUGCCCCAGAUUUCAGUCUCAUUCCCUUUCCACAGGGCUUUGUGACAGCCACUGAGUGUCUGUGC